CCUUUGUCCCUGUCAGGAGCCUUGCGCCCCAGGGACGCUGACAGCUCGAGAGGAGAGGGCACUGAUGAUCAGUGUGCCCUGAUGAUCAGUGUAGCCCCAGCAGUGCCAUCUGUCAGUGCUCAUCAAUGCCACCUGCCAGUAACCAUCAGUGCCUCAUCAAUGCCACAUAUCAGUGCCUACCAGUGCAUAUCAAUGCCACAUAUCAAUGCCCAUCUGAGCUGCCUUUCAGUGUCACCUAUCAGUGCCAGUCAGUGCCACCUAUCAAUUCCAGUCAGUGCCACCUAUUAGUGCUGCCUAUCAGUGCCAGUCAGUGCCACCUAACAGUG